AUGAGACGCUCAAGCACAUUAGCACGCCAGCUUCUGGUGCUCCUCUUCCUCUCCAUAGCCGCUCUCUGCAUUGCAGCCCCAACAUCGCCAGAAAACGAUCAUGACCUAAUCAUCAAAGUACCAGAGCAAGCUGCUGCUCCCGCACCGCCGUCCGCAUCCUAUCCCCACGUUGUGAUGGGAUCGACAGAUCGCAAAAAGGGCUCUUCUGAUAGUCCGGCCGCCGACCCAGACCAGGACGCCGAUGGCACGCCAGGAAGUCUUGUCGUCACGACAAAAACACCAGUGAUGCAGGCCGCUCCAACGAUGACCAAAAUCCCUGUUGGCAAACCGAUAGUCAGCUCAGCAUCAAGCGCGUUGUUUACAGAGCCCGGCUUUAUGGCUCUCUCCUUUGCACUGGCCAUGGUCACACUUGGCAUGGGGCUCAUCUGA